AGCGCGCGGAGCGCGCUUAGCGCGUGCAUACGCGGCGGCGGUUGGCAGCGCGCGGACUGUGUGAGGUGAAGCGAGGCGACUCCGGACUCACGGACCGACAGACCGAGCGGCCCUUACGGCCGUCCGCAGCCAGGCGGCCCGAGAUGUUGUCUGGGAAGAAGGCAGCAGCCGCGGCGGCGGCGGCGGCGGCAGCGGCGGCGGCGGCCGGGUCGGAGGCCGGUGCCGGGGCAGCGGGCGGCUCGGAGAACGGCUCUGAGGUGGCCGCGCCGCCCGCGGGCCUGUCCGGCCCUGCCGAAGCCGGGCCGGGGGCGGCCGGGGAGCGCACUCCCCGCAAGAAGGAGCCCCCGCGGGCCUCGCCCCCCGGGGGCCUGACUGAGCCGCCGGGGUCCGCCGGGCCUCAAGCUGGGCCUACCGUCGUGCCUGGGUCUGCGACCCCCAUGGAAACGGGAAUCGCAGAGACUCCGGAGGGGCGACGGACCAGUCGGCGCAAGCGAGCGAAGGUAGAGUACAGAGAGAUGGAUGAAAGUUUGGCCAACCUCUCAGAAGACGAGUAUUAUUCAGAAGAAGAGAGAAAUGCUAAAGCAGAGAAGGAAAAGAAGCUUCCCCCACCACCCCCUCAAGCCCCACCUGAGGAAGAAAAUGAAAGUGAGCCUGAGGAACCAUCUGGGCAAGCAGGAGGACUUCAAGACGACAGUUCUGGAGGGUAUGGAGACGGCCAAGCAUCAGGUGUGGAGGGUGCAGCUUUCCAGAGUAGACUUCCUCAUGACCGGAUGACUUCUCAAGAAGCAGCCUGUUUUCCAGAUAUCAUCAGUGGACCACAGCAGACCCAGAAGGUUUUUCUGUUCAUUAGAAACCGCACAUUGCAGUUGUGGUUGGAUAAUCCAAAGAUUCAGCUGACCUUUGAGGCUACUCUCCAACAAUUAGAAGCGCCUUACAACAGUGAUACUGUGCUUGUCCACCGAGUUCACAGUUACUUAGAGCGUCACGGUCUUAUCAACUUCGGCAUCUAUAAGAGGAUAAAGCCCCUCCCAACUAAAAAGACGGGAAAGGUAAUCAUUAUAGGCUCUGGGGUCUCGGGCUUGGCAGCAGCUCGUCAGUUACAAAGUUUUGGAAUGGAUGUCACACUUCUGGAAGCCAGGGAUCGUGUGGGUGGACGAGUUGCUACAUUUCGCAAAGGAAACUAUGUAGCUGAUCUUGGAGCCAUGGUAGUAACAGGUCUUGGAGGGAAUCCCAUGGCUGUGGUUAGCAAGCAAGUAAAUAUGGAACUGGCCAAGAUCAAGCAAAAAUGCCCACUUUAUGAAGCUAAUGGACAAGCUGUUCCUAAAGAGAAAGAUGAAAUGGUAGAGCAAGAGUUUAACCGGUUGCUAGAAGCUACAUCUUACCUUAGUCAUCAACUAGACUUCAAUGUCCUCAAUAAUAAGCCUGUGUCCCUUGGCCAGGCAUUGGAAGUUGUCAUUCAGUUACAAGAAAAGCAUGUCAAAGAUGAGCAGAUUGAACAUUGGAAGAAGAUAGUGAAAACUCAGGAGGAACUGAAAGAACUUCUUAAUAAGAUGGUAAAUUUAAAAGAGAAAAUUAAAGAACUCCAUCAGCAAUACAAAGAAGCAUCUGAAGUCAAGCCACCCAGAGAUAUCACUGCUGAGUUCUUAGUGAAAAGCAAACACAGGGAUCUAACUGCCUUAUGCAAGGAAUAUGAUGAAUUAGCUGAAACACAAGGAAAGCUAGAAGAAAAACUUCAAGAAUUAGAAGCCAAUCCCCCAAGUGAUGUGUAUCUCUCGUCAAGAGACAGACAAAUACUUGACUGGCAUUUUGCAAAUCUUGAAUUUGCUAAUGCCACACCUCUCUCUACACUUUCCCUUAAACAUUGGGAUCAGGAUGAUGACUUUGAGUUCACUGGCAGCCACCUGACAGUGAGGAAUGGCUACUCAUGUGUGCCUGUGGCUUUAGCAGAAGGCCUGGACAUUAAACUGAAUACAGCAGUUCGGCAGGUUCGCUACACAGCUUCAGGUACGUCUUUACUGGAUGCGAAAGUGAUAGCGGUGAACACCCGCUCCACGAGCCAGACGUUUAUUUAUAAGUGUGACGCAGUCCUCUGUACCCUUCCCUUGGGUGUGUUGAAGCAGCAGCCACCAGCUGUCCUUGUGCCGCCUCUUCCUGAGUGGAAGACAUCUGCAGCAAGGAUGGGAUUUGGCAACCUUAACAAGGUCGUGUUGUGUUUUGACCGGGUAUUCUGGGAUCCAAGUGUCAAUUUGUUCGGACAUGUUGGCAGUACGACUGCCAGCAGGGGUGAGCUGUUCCUCUUCUGGAACCUCUAUAAAGCUCCAAUACUAUUGGCACUAGUGGCAGGAGAAGCUGCUGGCAUCAUGGAAAACAUAAGUGAUGAUGUGAUUGUUGGCCGAUGCCUGGCCAUUCUCAAAGGGAUUUUUGGUAGCAGUGCAGUGCCCCAGCCCAAGGAAACUGUGGUGUCUCGCUGGCGUGCUGAUCCCUGGGCCCGGGGCUCCUAUUCCUAUGUAGCCGCAGGAUCAUCUGGAAAUGACUAUGACUUAAUGGCUCAGCCAAUCACUCCUGGCCCCUCAAUUCCAGGUGCCCCCCAGCCUAUUCCACGACUCUUCUUUGCUGGAGAACAUACAAUCCGUAACUACCCAGCCACGGUCCAUGGUGCUCUGCUGAGUGGGCUGAGAGAAGCAGGAAGGAUUGCAGACCAGUUCUUGGGGGCCAUGUAUACCCUGCCUCGCCAGGCCACACCAGGCGUCCCUGCACAGCAGUCCCCGAGCAUGUGAGAUGGAUGUGUUCUAAGGGAAGAGGCCGAUGUGUUUGUGUCUUUUGCUGCAUAAGCAAAGCUCUUCUAGCAAUAUUAGAUUCCACUGAGAAACUCACCCUGGCAUCUGGGCUCCAGAUCAACUGCUAGAGCUCCUGGUGGUCAGGUGGCCAAGGAGGUUGCCUCCUUUAAGUGACUUAGAGCUAGGGAGGCACUUGUCCAUUAGUGUGGGAGUCUGUUCUUCAUUAGGACUGAGGCAAGCAAGUGCUGCGAGAGAACAUCUUAGUCUCUUUGUGUGUGGUGGUUUUUUAUAUUUUGAGAAUAAAACUUCAUAGAAAAUUAGUCUUAUCUUUUUGUUUCCCCUUAGGGUUCGAGUUAUAUAUAAGGCAGGGUGUUACUCCUUUGAAAAUGCCAGUUUUAUCCAUGUUUAAAUAAAGAGGAUGUUUAUAUUAAAGGAGAAAAUGGUUUGGUCUGGUCAGAAGACAGGAUUGAGGGGGGUUCCCAUAGAAGCAAAGGGCUUCCUGGUCUGUGGGGCUAGACUUCCCCAUUGGGAUUGUGGGGUGACCAUGUGCCAGGGGUAGGAAGCUGCAGGUCAAGCAUGUGGAUAUUAGGAAACAAUGAAUUUUCAAGAUAAGACACAAGCCUUGACACAAAGUUUGGGUGGGCCUCUGGCAGACCAUCCUGGCUUUAUUCCCCUAGAUUCCCUCCAUGGGUAUGUGCUAACUUUCCACUUCUGUCCAAGGUAUUGAUAUAAAAGUUUAAGGAGAUCAAGGGUUUAGGUAACAUAGUGGAAAUUUCCUGUUGCUGCUGUAACAAAUUAUCAUAGCAGACUCUGAAGGAAGAUUCCAUUUCCUUGCCUCUUUCAGCUUCUAGUGACUGUAUUCCUGGGCUUGUGGCCCCUUCCUCCAUCUUAAAAGCACAUUACUCCAAUCCCUGCUUCCAUUAUCACCUUCUCUUGUUCUGUAGUCAGAUCUUAUCUUUCUCUUAUAAGGAUACUAGUGAUUUCAUUUAAGGCCCACCCAGAUCUCUCUCCCACCUCAAAAUCCUUAAUCACAUUUGCAAAGUCCUUUUUGCCAUGUAAGGUUAAAACAUUUUUACAAAAAGGGAACAGUGCCUGUUUCUUCCAAAGGGUUCCUAACAGACUAUGUUACUGUAAGUAUAUGUACAUAAUCUGCUUCUGGAAGUUGGAUUUUACUCCUGUUAGUCAAUUCUUCCCUAUAAUUAGUUUAAAUGAGGUUUUAUUCUUAGUAAGAUUUAAGGAACAUUACAUUGGUGUUCUGACUGGAAGAUGAAGAUGGAGAGGGCUUUUUCCCUCGUCCUGGAAUGAGUGACAACCAUGGGAAAAAUUUGCACACCAGGAUCAGGGCAAGUGGUGUAACUAUGAUGUAAAGGUGAGAAGAGCAUGUAGUAGAAAGUAUAUUGACUUUGGACCACAACCUAUAUUUGAAUCCUAGCUUUGCCAUGAAUAUUGUUACCUCAGGAGGUUAGGGUGUCUGAUCCGGUGGUCUGUGGUCUUUGAAGAGUUUUUGUUUUUUAAAUAAACAACAUAGGUAGCUUGGGCGAUGA